AUCAACCCGUCUCUCCUCCCCCUCUUUUCUCUUUUUUGUUUUUCUCCAGAGAUUUGCAGUUUUUCCACACCACAUUGCUCUUACCUCCUGGCCUUCCACCCCAAAAACACAAAGAAAGAGAAGCACAGCAGAAGUCAUGCUUCCUCUCAGUCUACCCCUCUUGGCUUUACUGGUCAGCUUUGCCCAAUGCCAAGAGUACGACUAUGACUACCAGCCUCAUUCCAUGUCAAUGCCAUCAGGGCCAAACUGUAAUCAAGAGUGUACCUGCCCAGUCACUUUCCCCACCGCCAUGUACUGCGAUAACCGCAAGCUUAGGUUUGUUCCGGUGGUCCCAAAAGGAAUCAAGUAUCUGUACCUCCAGAACAAUAUGAUUGAAGAGAUCAAAGCUGGAGUUUUUGAUAAUGUUACUGAUGAACUGCGCUGGCUGAUACUUGACAACAACCAGAUCACAAAUCCGAAGAUUGAGAAGGGUACAAUUGAUAAGCUCACAGCCCUGGAGAAGCUGUUCUUCAGCUUUAACAACCUCACAGAGCCGGUCAUCCCUCCCUCAAAGUCCCUUGAUGAGCUGAAAAUUAUGAACAACAAGUUGUCCAAGUUUCCUGCUGGGCUCUUGAAUGACAAGGUGAACUUGACCUUCAUCUACCUUCAGCAUAAUGAGUUAACCUCUGAUGCUAUAGGAGGAGCUUUCAAGGGGUUAAAGGGGCUGUUGUCCCUGGAUGUGAGUUACAACAAGCUAAAGAAACUGCCAACUGGACUCCCAAACUCACUAGAAAUCCUCUACGCUGACCACAAUGACAUUGAAAGCAUUGGAUCAGGGUACCUGAACAAGUUACCCAAUCUGAGAUACCUGAGGAUCUCUCACAACAAGAUGGUGGACUCUGGAAUCCCUGCUGGGGCUUUCAAUGUGACGUCCCUGACUGAACUGGACCUCUCUUUCAACAAACUGCAGUCCAUUCCUGAAAUCAACGAGCAGCUGGAGCAACUCUACCUUCAGGCCAAUGAGAUCAACAAAUUUGACCUGUCAAGUUUCUGCAAGUACACUAGUCCGCUCAACUAUUCCCGCCUGAAGCAUCUGCGCCUGGACGCCAACAACAUCACGCACGGCAGCAUGCCCCCGGAGACCUCCAACUGCUUGCGUGUGGCUUCGGAUGUCAUGUUCGAAUAAGCAUCUCCAUCAGAGUUUUCAUUCAGCCUUCUACUGCCAAGACACAAGCCAACACCAAUUUCUUAUGGGUUUACAAGUCGUUUCACUCCUUUUACAGAGUUGAAAUCUCCUUGCACUUCUGAGCAUUCAGCAAAUCUGUAAUAUUGUAAAUGUUAACCAUGGUGAAUAUGUCUCGGGAUGCACAAUGAAGGGCAGUUUUCUUAAAAAUGGUAGGUUUACACCAAGGAAGUUAAUGGAACACAAUUUAACCCCUUGAUGGCUGAAUUUAUUUCCAGCUGUGAUGAAAAAUGGUACUUUUCCUUUUUAAGUAGAUGCAAAAUUAAGGUGAUUUUAGGGCUGAAGUGGUUUGAUGCAUACUCAACAGAAGUCAAGGGGUUAAACAGCUGAUCAUCAGUGGAAGUAUGACUAAAAAUACAACAGAUAAAUCCAAAUUUUUUAGUCUUGAUUUAAAGAGAAAAGACUUGAAAUAAGCAGUUUAAGAUCGUAUAUUAAUACAAUUUAUUGGCUAAAGUUGUCAUUUUUUUAAUUUUAUGGUACAUUGUUUUGCAUGUAUUAUGGCAUAAUAACCAGUAAGACACAAAUUUCACGGUGUAAUGUGAUUCAAAUGUAUUAUAGAACACAUACUAAGCAAUCAUAUGUUUAAUAUGUCAUGUAUAAGUAGAAAAAAUCCAAAAAUCUAAAGCUUACUUUUAAGUAAAAGCUAAUGGUGGCAACCAUCAAAGCUUACAUGGAAAUGAAAUGUUAGAUAAUUGGAACCGUCAGUUACUUUGAGCUAUAAAAUUCAAAUUUUUGUUACUCUUUAAAAUAGUAUCAUCUGUUGAUGUGCACUCUGAUAAAACUUUGAGAAUCUUAUUGUUUACAUGUUAAUGUUCUCCUACAAUGCACAUAACUGAUGAAUAAGCAGUAUUUUUUUCUAUUUGCAUGCAUCCAAAGGUUCCAUUCUUGAGAAAUAUUCUCCAGCUUUUGCAGUUACGGUGCUUUCAUUGUAACCCUGUUGAAAGCCAUGAAUGAAAAAUGCUUCAUUAUUGAAUAAACCUGGCUCCAUUGUAAUUUUGAUCGAACCAUGUAUUUGUUACUAGACUUUUCUUUUUUUAAAGGCCUUUGACUUGGUAACUGCUGGGUUGGAUUUACUUGGAGGAAACCAAACAUAGCUAAAUAAAGUAUUUCAACCAUUUUUAA